CAGGAAACUGGGAAGAUGAUGACGUCGUCACCCGCUGGUGCGCAGGAAGUCUUGCCAACUCCGGGUUUGUAAACACGAACCACGAGGUCGCUCUCGAAGGCUCUAAAUAUCAACACGAUUGUUAGUGUGGACCCCACAGAAAGGUCUGAACAAUGGGGGUUAAACAGAGAAAGAAAAACCGUACUGGGUUCCAGUAUCGUGCAAAUUCAAGGAGAAAGCAAUUAAAAAUGAAAAAGAAGAUCAACCCACAUAUUGAUUGUUUAGAAAUUAGAAAAGCUUGGGACAUAACCAAACCGGCUCCUACAAACCUGGCCAACAUGGGACUUGCAUAUGAUUUGGACAGGGCUAUGCCACUAACAGAUAAAAAGCAACAAGGAGAGAAAAGUGAAGUGCAAACAAUAAAAAAAGGAAAGAAAGAGAAACCAACAGAAGUAGUACAGCAACUAGAGAAAGCCAGCAGUCAAGAGAGCCAGAAAGAGCGUCCUGGUGUUCGUUUAACAAAUGCUCAGGUGGAUUAUGCCACUGCUAUGCUUGAUAAGUAUGGUGAUGAUUACAAGGCCAUGGCCAGGGAUCCCAAGAACUACUUUCAGGACACAUGGAAACAGAUCAGAACCAAGAUAAAACUAUUUACUAAUAACCCAAGGUACUAUGCCCCUUACCUGAAGCAGAGAGGGCUUCUCAAACCAGAGCUUUUGCAAACCCAGGAUAAAUAAAAAGUAUGCUUCAGUA